CCAUGGUCCAGCUCACAGUCGAGUGCGAUCCGUUUCAGUCUCUGGUCCUCACCAAAUUUUGUUGUUUGUUUUGGGGGCAUAAAGAAACCUUUGGCCUCUCCAGACUAAUAAGUCUCACCCCAUUUUUCGACAUAAAUUGUUUUGUUUGGUGUGGAACAAUGGAUGAUCUGUGAGAGCGGAAAGACAAGUCGCAUCCUCUUGCGAUAAGAGGUCAGAUCACAUCGAAACUUCCGUUGGUCCAGUCCUCGCAGUGUCUUUUUUAUCGCUCAUUGAACAGACAAGUUUCCAUUUUGUUGUUGGCUUAGUGCGGUACACAUUCAGUAAUUUUUGUAAUAGGUUUUAGAAAAAUGAUUGAAGUGAUGACUCAGCUCCCUCCGCCGCUGAUCAGCAUCGAUUGCGACCAGCUCAUGUACCAGGACGAUCCGAUGCUCACGUGUCUCAAUGACACGACCUUGUCGUCAUCGUCGUCAUUUUCUUCAUCUUGGAACAACAACAGCAGCGGCAACAACAGCUUUACCUUUGAGCGUUUUGCACCAGCUGAAGAAUGGCUCUCCGAUUUGUAUUACAAUCCGGGUUGUCCCAGCUUCACUUCAAGUCCUGAUGGAUCUAGUGGACAUUCAGAUGAUAGCAAUCAACCGGCUACUUUGGAUCACAGCGACGCUACGACAGACGAUGAUAACUAUCUGAAUUAUCUCCUCAAUUCGCCGACUUUGCCUUUGCUGGACGAUUUGCUGCUGGAUCCCAAUCCAUCCUGCACGGCGAUUCCGUCAAUCAGUCCGCAACAACAGUGGACUUCGCUCGAUUCCGAUCAGAACGGUGUCCAAAGGCCUUACCGCGGAGAUUUUGCCGAAUUGGACUGGGAAGUUCAACCGAAUCAGAUGACCAACUUUCAGACAGUUCCACUACACCAGGAACAGGAUCCGCUUUUUAUACCGUUCCAGCUGGACAAUUGCGAGCCCAAGAGGUAUUAUCCUUUGACGCUGGAGCCGCCUCCUUUGCAUUCCAUCCAUCAGCAGCCGCAGCAGCAAUCCGUGGUGAUUCCAAUGGAGCCCAGCAAACCUGGUCGAUCCAGUGGCGGUCGCUCUCUACUCAUCCAACCUCGUACUCUCAACCAAACAAUCAAGACUAAUAACAACAACCCCACCACUACCACCAAGAGCAACAAUAGCAGUCCAGCCAAAACGGCCAUCAAGGAAGAAGACAAGAUCUUUCCUUGCACUUAUCCCAACUGCAAAAAGAUUUACGCCAAGUCAUCGCAUCUUAAAGCUCAUUUGAGGAGACACACUGGCGAGAAACCCUUUGCUUGCACCUGGGCAGGGUGUGGAUGGCGUUUCUCUCGAUCUGAUGAACUGGCCCGUCACAAACGUUCUCACUCCGGCGUGAAACCGUACGGCUGUCCAGUUUGCACGAAACGAUUUUCCCGUUCGGAUCAUUUGAGCAAACAUUUGAAGGUUCACCGACGGGAACGUGGUGCUGCUGGGCAGAUGAAUCAACCCAUUCUUCCGGCUUCCACUGGAGUUCGACGUGGUAGACCCCCGGGUGCUGCUUCAUUAGCUGCUGCUGCUGCAGCAGCGGCGGCCGCAGCCGCUGCGGCUAUCGGCGGGUGUGUUCCUCCGGCUCUCAUCAACACGUACGGAAACAAUUCCAGCCACCACCUCAACAACAAUCACCAUCUCAACCAUCAAUCACACCAAGUAUACAACAGUUCUAGUAGUAAUAGUAAUAAUUUGCAUUGAUAGUUUUUUAGUUAUGAUUUCAUUUUGUGUGAAACAACUGCCAAAGAUUUUUUUUUUUUUUGUUUAAUUUUUUGUUUACAUUUCGUUUUGCGAAACGAUCGAAAUUCUUGGUUAGUUAUUCCCCAUUUUCUUUCUUUGUCCUUUCUUGUCGGUACAUUUCUACAUAUUAUAGCUCGGAAGAGAGUAAGAAAAAAAAACAGAAUCGAAAUUAUUAUUGUGUGUGUCUAUUAAUGCUAGUGAAUACUAUGACCCGUAAGCCGGAAUGUUUUUUCUUUUCAAAUGUUCACCGUUUACGCGCGUCUUUUUCUACUACACCCCCACUCGAGCGAAAGUAAGUGCAACUCGCAAAUUUAAAACUUGUUGGCUGUAGGGUUAACGGUUUGAAACUUUCCAAGUUUCAAAACAUUGACAUUCAGACUCGAUUUGUUUUGUUUUUGUCCGUUUGUAAAUAGUUUUUGACUGUUACGCCAUAGAAAUUAAACAGGUGUUGUUGAUGGAUUGUAUGUCUCAUAAAAUGUUGUCGUGUUGGAUGUUGUAUGUCCCGCCCCCUCUGCUACUGGCUACACACGUGCCGUGUUUCCGUGAGUGAAUAGUCUCGUCAAAACCCUUUGGGAACUGAAAAUGAGUUGUUCCUCGUUUAAUUGUUGCAUUCUGAAUUUAAUGUACCAAGGUGCCUGUCUUGAAUACUCUUUCGAUUAACUAGUGUAUUACGUCAGUAUAACAAUUGGCAAUCAAGAAAUUGCGUCAUAAUCCAUACGUGAAUCUUUCCUUUUGUGUAAAGUUGGCGGUACAUCAAUCUUAGUUUUGGUGUAUUUCUAUAAUGCAUGUGAAUUAUCUGAUUGUGUUUAAUUUUCUGUCGAAUGAUUCCCUAACAUUUUGUAAAAUAAAAAAGUUAAACUAAA